UCCUGCGGGAGGAGGAAGCGGCUCCCUGGCCAUGGAGCUGCCUCCGAGCCACUUCCCGGCCGGCCGGGCCGCGGCCGUGGCCGUGGGCUACCUGCGGUACCUGCGGGGCGGCCCCGGGCGGGGGCUGGAGCUGCGGGCGCUGCGCCGCGCCCGGCGCCAGGACAUCGAUGAUGUUGGGCACAAGUACUACCUGGAACUGGAGCUGGAAGAUGUCCUGGACAAAGACAGGACUGUGAACUGCACUGCUGAGGUUCUGUAUCACCUGGGCAGCAAAAGCAGGGCUCCAGAUGUGCAGGUCACAGUGCAAGGAGAACUGAGGAGCACAGAGGAAGCAGAUAAGGAGUUCUACACUCGAAUCAGGAGCCUGGAAAAGGAGCUUGUGGCUGAGAACAUCCCAGACAGCCACGGGAAGGUUCCCCCAGAGCUGGAGCCCAUCCACCUGCUGGCCUGGGCGGCCUCUGGCUACGUGAUCUGGCAGAAUUCCACUGAAAACACCAAGUUCCACCUUGCCCAAGUCAAACACGUGAAGCAAGUGAAAAGAAGUGAUGAAGAUCUUCAGUUUGACUACGUGCUUCUACUCCACGAAAUGGUGUCCCAGGAGGUGAUUCCCUGGGAGCUGACCCUGCUGUGGCACCCCCAGCGCGGGGCCCGAGUGUCCCGGGAUCGCCGCCAGCCCGGCCACGCCCCGGGAUCAGGGAACACCUGAGCAGCCCUGGAAGCAGCUCCGGAGCUCCCACAGCUGGAAGGAGGCACAGAAGGUGCUGGGAGUGGGAAUCAACCACCCUACAAAGACAUUAAAUUCAACUUUCCUGGAUGUUUCUGAUCCGAGAACUCCAAAGGGACUUUCUCUACAACAAAGUGCAUCAAUCCAGUAAUUCCCAGCAGGAAUACUCACGGCACAGGGGCAGAGAUGUUCUCCCUGAAGGCAACUUUGGGCUUCCCCAUGGUGCAAGGACAACCAUAUUCCCUCUCCAUUCGCUGCAGGAAAAAACCCACAGUGAUUAGGGUUGUUCCACUGGGAAUUAUUUAUUAACUUAAUCAGGAUCAAUCACUUUCUGGGUUGGGGGUUGGAUUGAUUUUUGGGGCUUUUUGUUGUUUUUUUUUUUAAUUAAAAAAUUAUUUACUGUCAACUUCUUUAAGACUUGCAGCUUCAGAGGCAGGAAAAGGAAACAGCAUUAAUUAUGCUAGUAAAAUUCCAGGUUUUCAAGGCAAAAAUUGCUUUUCCUUCAUUCUGUCAGUACUUAAGAUCCAUCUUUUGUGUCAGAUUAAAAUACAGACAUCAGCUGGAAUGAAACAAAUCCCUCUAACUACUCCCUUCUCCCUGCACCAGCUUUUAUUAGGGAAUGAUACAUUUAAAACCACAGAAACAGAAGGGUUUUCUGUAGAAACUAAUUAAAAUUAAGUAUUAUUACUAAUUAUAAGCCAAGGCUGCUAGA